UUUUCAUAAAUCAUCUUCAGUGCAGGUUUGGUUUAUGUAGUUUCUUUAAACAAUUAGCAAAUUUAUUUCUUUAGCAAAGAUUAGAAAAGAAAGAUGUCUGACGACGAAUCAAGCCACAGCGAGGCCGAAAGCGAACCUGAAGUUCCCAAAAAGGUCGAACCGCCCAAGAAACGCCAGGAGCCCAAACGCCAGCAAAAUUCGAGCGGUCUGGAUGAAUCGGCGAAGGAGUUGCUGGAGUUCAACAGGCAGGAAAGAGAAAAAAUGGAGGACGAGAUUGAUGAACUACGAAGGAGAAGCGAGAAACGAAAAAAGCAAAGAGAGAUUGAAGAGAAGAGGCUGACAGCAGAGAGAGCGGCUGAAGAUGAGAGGAGGAAAGCAGCUGAGGAAGCGAAAAGGAGACAGAAGAUUGAAGAUGAGGAGAAGAAGCAGAAGGACAGAGCCAGGAAGAUGGCCGAGUUUGAAAAGUGGAAGCAACCUCAGAAGAGAAAUUUUGUCAUAACCAGGAAAGCUGACGGGGAUGAAGAAGAUGAAGAAGACAAAGAGAAUGAAGAAAAAAGCGACGCAGAAAAAAGUAAAAAAACGAAAGAGCAAUUGGAAGCAGAGAAGAAAGCAAUCUUGAGGCAGAGGAUCAAACCUCUGGAUAUCGACGGAUUGGAUCAGGCCAAACUUGCGGAGAAGGCGAAAGAAUUUCACUCGUGGCUUGCCAGAUUGGAAGGUGAAAGAUACGACCUAGAGAAGAGGUUCAAAUCUCAACAGGCCGCUUUAGUUGAUUUGGCUGAGAGAGCUCGCCAGGCCAACAAAGUUGGGAAGGGAGGACUGAAGCGCAUUGGAGGAGCAGACGACUCAGUCGACAAAAUUCAGGCUAAAUAUGCCGGAGCGCCCGCGAAGGUUGAGAUGUUCAGCAAGUACGAGCGCCAAAAAGACAAGAGAUCCUACGAUGACAAAUACCAAAUUUUUACCGGACCGCAGUUCAUAUCUCCAGUUGACAGAAUCAAACCUCAAAAAAUUUUGCACUGGGAUGAAGAGAGAAUGCCCAUAUAUGGCGCUGGGGCUGAAUAAAAAUCGAAUAAUAAUAAAUAAUUAAAUAAUAAUAAUAGCAAUUAUAAACUCUAAAAAAUUAAAAUUUAGCGUUUUAUUUGAGUAAAUUAUUUUUUUGCAAACUUAAGAAUUAGGUACGAGAUUAUUCCGAUAGAGAUAAAUGCUGAAUAUUUUAUUUUGAAUAAAAAUAUUGUUAACUUCAGAGAGAAUUAAGAAAUUCUAUAUUUCUAUUUUAAGAUGAAUUAGGAUGAAAAAUUAUCUUAGCUUGAUGAAUUUUUAUGUCGAAACAAAAUUUUAUACCGAGACGAUAUUUUAGGCCGAAACGAAAUGCACAAACUAUAUUAUAAAUGUAUUGCUUAUGCAAUUAUCCUAAAUCGUUCGUUGGUUCUCAAAUUUAUUUUUCAAAUUUUUUUUCCUGUUUAGCGUAGAAAUUAAUGUCAUGGAGAUAUUAAGAAAACACUUUUUUGAAUGAAUUUUUUGAAAUAUUUUGAAAAAUAAAUGUCUUAAAAAUCGAG